GCGCCGUAGGUUCCAGAAUCCAGAAUUUAACUGGGCAGGAAAAUCCGGUCUCAGGAAGCCGAGGCAGAGAAGUAAAACAAUUAACAGCUUAAAAGGGAAGAACCAGAGAGUCAUGUAAUUCUCUUUCUAAGUAAUUCAUUUACAUAGAGAGAGAGAGAGAGAGAGAGAGAAUGAGGUUUUGCACCUUAUUUAGAGUUUAUCAUGGAAGAACCAGAGAGUCAUUGCGGCUAUGCCUCUUCGAGUUUGCGCGUUCAUUCUCUCAGUUACAAUCUCAGUCUCAGCCCGAACGGCCUUCUUUUGGAGUAGCGUUUGACAUUGAUGGUGUUAUUCUUCGAGGCCGGACUCCCAUCGGAGGCUCUCCACAGGCGCUGAGAAAGUUAUAUGAAGAUUCGGGCACCUUGAAGAUCCCAUUUCUAUUCUUGACAAACGGAGGUGGCAUCCCAGAAUCUAAGCGAGCCUCUGAGUUGAGUAAUCUCUUGGGGUUAAAUAUUUUACCUACACAGGUUGUACAAGGCCAUUCUCCUUUCAGAAACCUAGUAAAUAGAUACGAGAAUGAACUCAUUAUUGCUGUCGGAAAAGGGGAACCUGCUUCGGUAAUGUCAGAGUAUGGCUUUAAAAAUGUUCUGUCAAUAGAUGAGUAUUCAUCCUACUUCUGCAACAUUGAUCCCCUGUCUCAGUAUAAGAGUUGGGCAAUCAAGCAGGAAGUUAACAAGAAUAGCAACUCGAAGGAGGUAACCAGAAGAUGCAAUGUUCUCUCAGAGAGAGUUCAAGCAGCAUUUGUUGUCAGUGACUCUGUUGACUGGAGCAGGGAUAUUCAGGUUCUCUGUGACAUUUUAACAACUGGGGGUCUCCCUGGGACAGAGAGGAGUAUGCAUCAACAACCUUUAUAUUUUGCAAACGAUGAUCUUGAAUACCAGGCCGAAUUUCCUUCUAAUCGUCUUGGAAUGGGUGCCUUCAGAAUUGCACUAGAAGGCAUCUUCAACAG